AUGGGUGCCCCGGACAUCAAAGCAGAUGCUAAGCGAGCCUUCGAAAUACUGAAGACUGGAGGCAUAGUCAUAGUCCCUGCCAAGAUGGGAUAUGCGAUCGCAAGCUCCAGUACUUCAGCCAUGGAGAAAGUCUUUACAACCAAACGGCGUGGAGCACAUAAGCGGCACGCUAUGGGGGGCAGCUAUGCACUGCACAAAGAACUACACGUAAUGGAACCUGAGCAUGCGGAAAUUGUUCGUUGCCUGGUCCAGGACUUUGACCUUCCACUGGCCGUCAUUGCGAAAUACAACCCUGAUCAUCCUAUCAUGAAGAAUAUCGAUAAAAGUACCUUGGACGCACUCACUGUUGAUGGGACGUUGGCCCUGUUGAUCAAUGCAGGAGCACUCCAAGAUGAGCUGACAAGUCUCCUGAUGGAGGCCGGUCUUCCUUUGAUAGGCAGUUCUGCCAACCUCUCAGGCACAGGGACAAAAUAUGUUGCAGAAGACAUUAAUCAGGAAAUCUUGGAUAUCGCCGAUCUCGUAAUCGACUAUGGCCUCGUGAAAUAUGGCUUCCAUGGAAGAAGCUCCACGAUGAUCGACUUUAGCGGCCCGAAGCCAGACAUUGUGCGGAUCGGUGUUUGUUAUGACGUGAUCAAGGAUCAUUUGCAGCGCUUUUGGGGAAUCGAAGCUCCAGCAGAUCCUGGAAGGUCGUCCUUGCCAUCUGGUCAUCUCAAAGUGCUUCCGCCGCUAGAGUCAUUGGAGAGGCUGGUGGCGGCGCGUUAA